AAUAAAACAUGUCAUUUCCUAUAUUAAAAUGUAAAUUCUUACACAUGAAUUACCCACUACUCUCAAAAUUUGCACAUUUUAUUAAAGGUCUAGACCGAUUAUUUUCUGGUAUUUCAAAAUCCAAGAUGGAGGAAGACACCCUAUCUACCUUAACCACUUAGCUGGAGAUGGGUUACACAUGUACUACAAUGUAGCUGUGUCUUACUAUUAAAAGGAAAAACAUAUCCACAUUGAAAGUCAAACAAGGUUGAAAAAUUUCGUUGACCGAUUCGAUCCACAAAAACAUUAGAUGGCUACAUCAAAUGUUAAUGAAUCAUGUCAUCAAAAACAAACAAGAAAGCCUAUUGCAGUUUAUCCAUUUCACCGAUAUGGAAAAAUAACAAUACUAUCUACACCUGCAAUACAGCAAGACGCUGCAAAAGUAAUUCAGUCAACAAAAAACUUAAAUUCAAGAGAAACAGAUGUAAUACUGUGUUCAUCCAUGAAAUCAGGUACACACUGGACUCACGAAAUUAUUUCAAUGCUUUUACACCAAACAACUGAGUAUAAUACGUUUGGUGUAUUGGCCAAGUUUAACUUCGAAUCCCAAACGGAUUGGGAAGGAUUAGAAGAAGAGGAUAAUCCAAGACUUUUUCAUACUCAUUUACCGCUUAGUUAUCUUCCAAAGAAGCAUAUUGAAAAUAGAAACAAGAUCAUAUAUUUGAACAGAAAUCCCAAAGAUAGGGCUGUGUCACUGUAUUUCUUUCUUCAAGGAAAGCAAGGAGUUCCUGUUUGGACAUGGAGUGAAUUUUUCGAAAAUUUUAUACUCAAGGAUGAUUUGUACGGCGGGUGGUUUAACUUUACACAAGAAUUUGAGAAAGCAGUAGAGAACAAGACAGCCAAUGUUCUAUCCGUCACGUAUGAGGACUUAAAAUUGAUUCCAAUCCAAACAAUGAAGAAAAUUGCAAGUUUCCUCAACGUUAAUAUUUCUGAAGAGUUAAUCAAAGACAUAUUCGACAAAUGCGCUUUUGAUAAUUUGAAAGAUCAUAAAUUGGACGGAUCCAGAGACAUAGAUCCUGAGGGAAAUUCUACAUUGUGGCGUAAAGGAAUUAUUGGUGACUGGAAAAAUUGGUUUACAGUAUCACAGAGCGAACAAUUUGAUCAACUUUAUAAUAAAGAAAUGAAAGAAUGCAAUGUAAAGUUUAUUUAUGACGAUUAAAUAUGCAAACUUCA